AUGUACAGAGUUGAAGAUAUCGAAGUGCUGCAAUGUGCACCUUCGUCGCUGGAUUCGCCCGAUGCUCAAUAUCAGGGAUGUAAGCCCGGUACUGUGCUCCUUCCUAAAGGACAUCGAAAAGAUAGCAAUCAUGCAGCAUUUGUUGCCGACACUAUUCUUGAAAGAGAUAUCGAGAUUCCUCUACGUGACGGGACUAUUUUGCGGGCAGACGUUUAUCGCCCAAAGAAUGGUGGAAAGGUUCCGGCACUCAUAGCAUGGAGCCCUUAUGGAAAAAGCGGACAAGGGUUUCUGACUCUUGACCUAAUUCCUGGACGUGUUGGCGUUCCGCAAAGCAAGUUAUCCGGGUAUGAGAGCUUUGAGGCGCCAGACCCGGCCGAGUGGACGUCUCGGGGCUAUGCUAUCGUUAAUGUGGACAUACGAGGAGUGUUCGACUCUACUGGCGACAUCAGAUGGUUCGGAACAAGUGACGGCCGAGAUGGUUACGAUGCUAUUGAACACAUUGCCCAGCUGGAUUGGUGCGUAGGAAAGGUUGCGCUGGUGGGAAAUUCAUGGCUGGCUGCAACUCAAUGGUCUAUCGCGGCUGAACAACCACCCCACCUGGCCUGCAUCGCCCCAUUAGAGGGUGUCAGUGAUUUCUAUCGAGAGACUCUUUGUCGAGGCGGUGUCCCUUACACGCCUUUCUGGGGCUUUCUCGGAAGUCAUGCUCUCUUUGGGCGGAACCAACAGGAAGAUGUCAUGGGAAUGCUCGAUCAAUAUCCGUUGAUGAAUGAUUACUGGAAAGAUAAGAGAGCGAAGAUCGAGAAUAUCAAGGUCCCUGCCUACGUGCUGGCAAGCUACUCCAGCGGUCUCCAUACAAUUGGCUCCUUCCGUGGGUUUGAAGACCUUCCUCACCAAAAUAAAUGGCUGCGGGUUCAUCCGACCUUUGAAUGGCAUGACCUAUACAAACUAGAAAUGAAUAACGAGCUGCAGUUAUUCUUUGAUCAUUUCACAAAGGGGAUCCAGAACUCAUGGGAGCAAACCCCACGAGUCAGAAUCUCUACAUUACAUUUCAACAAGGAGCCGGAACUGAAUCAUGCAUUCAAUGAUUGGCCAAUCCCCAACGCACGGCCUCAGCUGCUUUACCUGUCUGCCGAUGGGAGCCUCAAUGAGAGCCCCUCUCCUAGCACUCUGGCUCUUUCUUAUCAGUCCGAUGUUGCCGCAAUGCAGAUGGACACAGACUGUGAGGAAGUCCAGUUUGAGUACACUUUCAAACGUCGCAGCUAUCUCAUUGGUUAUUCCAAGGUUAUUCUGUACAUGUCUUGCAACGAGCAUGAUGACAUGGACGUCUUUGUUCAGCUCCGCAAAGCGGACAGCACUGGCAAGAUGCUGCAGAAUAUCAACAUUCCCCUAAAUGAUCUGCAAAUGCAUUCAUCCGAGGUCGAAACCAUCAACUGCUUGAAGUAUCUCGGGCCCACGGGUAUCCUGCGUGCCAGUCACCGAAAGCUGGACUCUCGCCUCUCAAAGCCACACUGGCCAGUCCAUACGCAUGACCAUGAAGAUCGUGUGGAGCCGGGAGAGGUGGUGCGUCUGGAAAUUGGGCUCUGGCCCACUGGCAUUGUCUUUGAGGCGGGCGAAAAGUUGGUUUUGAAAGUUGCUGGACAUCAUAUGGCACUGGCUGAGUUUGUUCCUCUGCGAGGAGCUUUCAAGGCGGGCAACAAAGUACGGUGUGGACCGUUCACAGCUCUCUCAACCGCGGGGCCGCUUCGACCGCGAGCGACCCCUACGGCGGUCGAUAGAGAUCCUUUUAUCUUGGCGGUAUUAUUGUUCUAUCCGGAGAGUCCAGCAGAGUUCGACAUGAUCAAGGAAACCCUCGCCAAGGCGUUAGAUGUCUUCGCCUCGCUCUCGAUGAGCAGUACUUUCUGCAGCAAGGCUGUUCCCAUCGUGCGCCGGAUCAUAACAACCCCAUUCACAGUUAUCCCCCCAGACCCCGGUCCGGCCGCAGACCCACCUUCCUACGUCCAUGUCGCGCAGUAUGCCCUCCCUCCCCAAUACAGCUUCAAGAUGAGCUGUCAACCCCAAUCGCCCACGCCCACCGUCGUCUCCUUGGUCAGCGACCCCGGCACGCACUCGAGUUGGCUCAGCCCAACGUCGAUGCCGUGGGAUACACUGGGCGACUCGAAAAGCUACUACGACAAGGUCAAUGAGGAUGUGGCCUACGCUGUUGUCAUUGUUUUGGAGAUAUUUAAUCGAUUGUAUUUGAUCCUGAUCACGCCUAUUGCUAUUAAAGUCCAAUCCUCUGGGUCCACCUAA